AUCUGCGACAGAGACAAAUUCGACUGUGAAUGACAUGGAGCGUUUACACGUCCCGCCUCACCACCCAGCGCGACUAAAUUAGCAACAAGUGUGGGCUACAUUCAAGUAUAUCAUAUUCCUCUGAUAACCCGGUUUUUUUAAACCCUAUUUUCUUUUAAAGUACCAGGAGGGCUUUGUGCGCGGUUUAUUUUAACCGAGACUUUGACGAAUAGUGUACGCAAGGAAGAAUACCUGUCACAACGGCCCCUGAUUAUCAAAAUCAUUGCAGUCGUGCAAAGUAUAGAAGAAGACAGAGAAAAGGUGGGGAGAAAAAGACAUUCUUAGGUGGACAUUGACCCUGCGUCCAGAAUUGUGAUUCUUGACAAAUUUUCGUGUGACAAAAAAGACAAAUACUGUUUUCGGGAAAGUAUGAAACACCGUGCUUUUCGAAUUUGAAACAUCUGAGUGACAGCUUCUUGUAAGACCUGGCUCUACGAGUGGCGCCUCCACGCCAUCCAUUGUCAGCAUCCAGUUGUUUCACUGGUUUUUUUGCCCGCCAUUCAAAUCCAGCUGCUUCUCUAACGUAGCUGUUGUCAAGGAACUUAGAGAGAGCUACAUUUGUUUAUAAACUUGUCAGAAUCGCUGGGAGGGGAUAAAAAAGGAAAUACAUGUGAAACCUGAUCGUAGAACUUUUUUUCCCUCGAGCCACUGAACGUGUUUCUGAUUUGAAUCUGCUGAUUGUUACGCACAGCCAUUCCUGUUAACAGACCCAUUCAUCCGCCCACUGAACCUGACAAAGUUACAGAGUUACAACCACAAAACUGUUUUGAUUGUAAGGAGAACAAGAAAGUACAUGCAAGAAGCCCACGCUAUCGUCCAUUCAUUGCAUCUGUUUGCAUUUAGUCUGACAAACAAAACGUCGCUCGGUGGUUGAAUUGUAAUUGUGACUGCAUCUGCAAGAGGAGCAAGAGAGGAAGCUACAUCGUCAGUUGAGGAAGGAUUAUCUAUAAAAGAGAACAAAGAUGGGAAGCAGUAAGGGAGUUUAUGUCAUCGUCUUUCUCACCUUGGAAGUUGUUGCUGUCUUGGUCAACGGGCGUUCUCUAGAGUGUGCGGAGGGACUGUACGGCAUCAGGUGCGAGAAGCGCUGCAGCCCCGGAUGUCGAGGAGGCUGCAACCAGACGACAGGACGAUGUCUGCAGGGCUGCGAUGAAGGAUGGACAGGAGACAACUGCAUAGAACCGUGUCCGGAUCACCUGUAUGGCCCCAACUGUGUGCACCCUUGCGGUCAUUGCCUUGGCGACGUCCCCUGUGCCCCCUCCUCUGGCAUCUGUACGACUGGCUGUGAAGCUGGACUCUAUGGUCCCCGCUGCGACAAAGUCUGCGAGCACUACUACUAUGGCGCCGGUUGCACCAAGAGAUGCGGACGUUGCCGGCUUUUGCAACCUUGCAACGCGGCCACAGGCCUCUGCUCGGGGGGAUGCGAAGCCGGGUGGUACGGAACCCACUGCGAUCAAGCUUGCAGCAACAUGACGUACGGCGUGGACUGCACACGCAAGUGCGGAAUGUGCGCGGAGAACAGCACGUGCAACCACAUGACGGGCAUCUGUGACGGGGGGUGCAGACCAGGCUGGACCGGACCCUCCUGCACUGACAGAUGUGCUGCUGGAAAGUUUGGAGAGGACUGCGCCAAGACCUGCGGGCGAUGCUUGACGGGGGCCUGCGAUCACGUGACCGGCAUUUGCACCGACGGAUGUGCACGAGGGUGGCGCGGCGAGUUCUGUCUAGAAGAAUGCCAGGACGGAACCUUCGGCACGAACUGCUCGUCAGAGUGCGGCCACUGUCUGAACAACACUACCUGCGACAUCAUUAACGGGAUCUGCUCCCAGGGCUGCGAGCCGGGGUGGAGGGGUGUCUACUGCAACAAAGAAUGCGCGGCGGGAUUUUACGGGGCAGACUGCCAGUACCCCUGUGGGCGUUGCAAGGACAAGACGUCAUGUGUGCCGACAUCUGGACUGUGCCCUGAAGGUUGUCAGGACGCCUGGACGGGCCCCCAGUGCGGCCAAGCAGCUGCUGUUUCUGAUACCAGUCCCAUUGACAUUCACUCCAUGUUGCCGGCUCUCGUCGUCGUAACGGUGAUAGUGGUGUUGCUGAUGGGGGGAGGUGGGUUCUACUUCUUCAUUAUCCGCCCGCGUUCGAAUCCAGCUGGUCUGAACCGCCUCUAUACUGAAGGACCUGACUGUGGAGAUUCUAUCCGCAACACAUACGAGCAGAUGGCCGGGGGGCCAUGGGACCUGCCACGUACCAGCCUCAUUCUGACCAAUCAGCAGCUCGGAAACGGCCAGUUUGGGCAGGUUAAAAAAGGCUUUGUACGCAUGCGUGGAACCAAGAUCCCAGUUGCCAUCAAAUCGCUGAAAGAAAACGCAUCCGAGAAGGACAAAAGAGACUUUCUCAACGAACUGACCAUCCUAAAGCAAGUGGGCAAGCAUCCCAACGUUGUGUGCCUCGUCGGCGCUUGCCACAUCCAAGGAGUCAUGUAUGUUGCUAUGGAAUACGCUAAGCAUGGGGACCUGCGCACGUUUUUGCGCAAGAGCAGGAAGUUACGUCAACACGACUACGGGAAUUGUGGAGCAUCUCCUUUUGUUAGCAAAACUAUGUUGCUGAGAUUCGCACUCAACACUUCACAAGGCUUGCGUCAUCUAGCAGACAAACAGAUUAUUCAUCGCGACGUGGCGGCACGUAAUGUGUUGCUAGGCGACCAUCUGGUGGCAAAGAUAGCGGAUUUCGGGCUGUCGAAAAACGAUGAGACCUACGUUAAGACCUCAAGUACACGCGUUCCAAUUCGCUGGAUGGCGGUGGAGUCUCUUUUCAAUAACACGUACACUACACAAAGUGACGUAUGGUCGUUCGGCGUGGUGCUGUGGGAGAUCUUCACCCUUGGGGGCACACCCUACUCCUCUACAGACACCCAGCAGCUCUUUAACUUACUGAAAGACGGCUACAGACUCAAGCGGCCUCGUCUCUGUGACCAGAACGCGUACGCCAUGAUGCUGCAGUGCUGGAAUGAAAUACCAGAGCGGCGCCCGACCUUCCCAGAGCUUUGCGGUCGUCUGCAACGCAUGCUAGAGGACUGUCAGGUGUACAUGAACAUAUCGACUGAAGAGGAGUCCUUGUAUGCCGAGAUCGACCACGAGAGGACGUCCUGAAGUCCUGACAUUGGCGCAUCGCUCGUAAUUUUGCGACUGGAAGCGAGAGUGCAGUGCGUGCAGACUUGUCGGACAGUCAACCUGGUCGUCAGAUUUGUGUGUGAAAACCUUAGAACAUGUGUACCCAUCCAGGUUUUUGUCUAAAAUGUUAGGACAUGUGUGCAAGUCCAGGGUUUUGUGUGAAAAAUGUUCAAACAUUUAGAGAAGUCCCGAGUUUUUGUAAGAAAAUGCGAGAACAUUUUGACACUCCCUUAGGCAUUCUAAAUGCCGACGGGCCGACGAAGGGUCAUAAAUCAAGACUUGAUAAAUCAAGAGCACAAAUAAAAGAAAUAACAGGAGAGGGAUGAAUUACAGAGAGAAUGACUGAGAAUACAGAAGAAUGGACUGCUUCUGCGCAAUUAAGGUAAAGCCACCAUCAUCAGCGUCAUCUUGUGUGGCUUAUCUGGUCGCUAGGGAGAAAGAGGAUGUGUAAUGAUACAUGAAGUGGCUGAAAAAUUCUCACAUUGUCUCUCAAGAGGUGUAGACCACUGCUCCAUUUUGCUUACAUCCAAUUUUUUUUCGGAGGGAUGGGUUGGGGGACAAUGUUUACUGGCCUUAGUUGGAGCGUCUGGUGUAUGAAAACGACAGAUCCUUCGACCAGUUAAUAACUCUAGACAUAAUUUCUGUUUGUAAAGAGAGCAAGAAGGACAAUGCAUGACAUUUUGAGCAUGGUCACCAUUCCCAGCUGACCAGAGUUAACUGCAGCAUGUUGAACGAGGUUGGGAAUGUGUGUGGGGGUGGGGUGGGAGAGAAAUUGGUGUUUUACGCCAAACCAGCUACCAAGACUAUAUCACGGCAAGGCAACCAUCCCUCUGAACAGAUGCCACGUGCAGAGAAAGAACAGAGUGCCCGAGACGAGAGAUGAACCCAGGACAGCCAUCCUUCACUGUAUUGACUACUAACCGUUGCUCCACCAGAUCGACGUGAACGAAGCUGGAAUGGUAGUCGCUAUAGACGCUUGGCCGUGGAAAGGUAUCCUGCAGCUUGCUGACGAAGGGUCACCGCGCAGAACGAGGCUUUGAUGACCACGAAACGUGAAAGAGUAUUCCUCAGCAUACAAAAAGAUGCUCUAUUGAACGAAAAACUUAGCCGACAGAACGUGGCUCCGGUAGAUAUGAACCAAGGAAAUGUAUCCUGCAGUCUGCAGAACGAGGCUCUGGUGGUGUUUGCUGACUAAAUGAGAAAUUAGUUGAUCUCAUUCCUUGAACACUGCCUUUGCUAUGUUGGAGAUGGGUGGCGGUUGUUGAUAUCCAGGGACAAUCAUCUCAACCCAGAAACUUCAGCAAAAUAUUCUUCUGUUCAGCAUCCAUAUCAGUCUCAAUACAGGAAACGUCGACACUUCGAAAGAAACAAAAUGACAAUGUAUACGAGAUAAAUGUUUAUUUUUAAACUCUUUUUGGAGUCGGCUCUCUGCUAGAGCGUUUGUGAGUAGCAAUACAAAGCGCUUUGAAGAGUUUAGCGUCCGAUUUCGAUACUGACAUUUGCUGUUUUGUUUGUAUAUAUAAAUAUUUGCACACACACAAUGAUUAUUUCGCCAUUCUUGACAGACGUAUUUUUGAUAAGGGACCAUCUGAUUGGUCCACUUUUUGCCACGCAGGCGUGACGUCACUGAAUGAUUGACAGUUGACUGUGUACAUCUGUACUAUGUCCAGCACGUGCUGUACGUGUUACUGUUACAGUAUGCGGGAACGAGUGUCAGUCUCUCAGGAAGCGAGCAGCUAUAGCUUAUGCAAAUGUACAUGCAUGCUUUGACCUGAGCCUAUGCACACUUUGCAUAGCCUGGCAAGCAGAAUCUAACGUUCAGUUCAAAGUGUCAGCAUGUUUGACCGAGACUAAUGUCCCGGAUGUGCGAUGUUCGGAUGCAUGUGCACGAUAGUGUUUUAGUUAAAAUCUAACAUGUGUCUUUGCUCGAGCAGUCAACAGGUGACAGACAGGUCACGGUUUUUACACGGAGCUGGUAUGUCACCGAAAAAACGUUGGUGCCAUUGCAUGAUCAAGAGCUCACCGAGGAAGUUAAAAUAUUAAUGAACUUUCAGCCCCGACGGUUGGGUUAGUAAGCAUGAAGUUACAGGUUGACAUGAAAUAUUUUGCUGUUGUAAAGGACUGAACAGGCUUGAUAUGCAUGAACAAAUUUUCGAGCUUGUUUAUUAUAAUUAUUUUUUUUUUGGUCCACUGUAAAACUUGGAGAACCAGACUACCCACAGAGCACAAAGCCAGUACAGAGCUUUAUUGAUUAAAAAAGUGCAAUCAUAUGAAAAAUUGGUUGUAUAUGUUGCAAAUAAUGCAUAUUUGUACAGUGUACGAUCUUGACAUUAAAUUUAAAUUUGUUCUUAUUGUGUGGCAUAACAUUCAUCACAAAUCUGCAUCAUUUUUAAAAAAAUGCAGUAAAAUAGUAUAUAAUGUAUCAUUGCUGCUUCAACAACAGAAAAUAUACAUGUAAAAUUUCACUGCCUCAGAAUAAAACAGGCUUGAUUAAA